UUCUAUUUUUGAAGGGACUUUGUCACCAGGAAAUAUUACACUAAAAGCAAAGUCAAUGACGUUUAGGGCAUGAACUCUCUUUCCCCCCUAUCUUUAUCUCUCUCUCUCUGUGUGUGUGUGUGUAACCUGCGAGACUAUAAAGGGGCAUUUGAACGCUUCGUUGAGCAGACACUCCUGACUGAUCAGACCUCAGCGGACAGACGUUACUGCAGCACAGUGUGAAAAUAUCAGCCAAGAUGUGUUGCAAGGGCUUUCUCAAAAUCAUGAUGUUCAUCUUCAACGGCGGCAUCUUUGCCGCAGGUGCAGCCAUCCUGGGUGUUGGUGUGUGGGUGAAGGUGGACAGCGGUUCUCUAAUGGGUUUACUGGAGCACCUGGAGGAUGAUCCGUCUGGUUUAUCCCAGCUGCUCAACAUCAGCUACCUGCUCAUCGCAGUGGGUGGUGUGCUACUGGUCAUUGGCUUCCUGGGCUGCUGCGGAGCCAUCAGGGAGAGCAGGUGUAUGCUGCUGACGUUCUUCAGUAUCGUGCUGAUUAUCUUCCUCGUUGAGGUAGCAGGAGCUGUGGUGCUGCUCGUCUUUCAGGGUUUGGCUGAUGAGCUUUUUAAGAGUCUCGGGAAAGAAGUUAGAAAAAGCAUCAAGAAGGAGUACGGAAAAAACGAAGCUAUGACCUCUCUCUGGAACGCCACCAUGGAGGAGUUUAAGUGCUGCGGAUACAUGAACUACACAGACUUUGAAGGCUCCCCUUAUGUCACUGACCAUGGAGGAAAGUAUCCAACCACAUGUUGCAAUAGCACCAUCACUGAGGUUAAGGGUACAUGCAGUGCAGAUGCAGCAGAACGUUCGAUGGUUGAUGGCUGCCUUGACAAGCUGAUGGAUCUGAUAGUGGACAACGCUGUGAUAAUUGCAGCUGUGGCUUUAGGGAUCGCCGCUCUUGAGAUUGCUGCCAUGGUGGUUUCGAUGGUUCUCUACAAGGACAUCGGUAACAAAGCAUGAUCCUGUUUGGGAUGAAAUAACAACAUUGUAAUUGGAGGAGAAAUCUUGCGUGUAAAGUUGUUUUCUAUGUAUAAAGUUUAUUUUCUUUUUUAUUUAAUUAAAAACAGACAGAUAAACUAAGGCCUACAAGCGUUGUCAGUAUGUUGAGCAUUUCAAUCCAAAAUGGAGAGACAGACGAUGGAGAUGCUGUGUUUGUGUUUCAGUGCACAUUUAUACUGUGAUCUAUUUAUGUUUUUAAAAGGGCUGUCAUCAGUUAU